GCUAAAGUGCAUGUCCUGGGAAGGAAACAAGGAAAUAACCUUGGAAGAGUGAGCACAGUAGAAUAGCACGCUUGACCAUGUUUUUUUCUGGGACCGUAUCACAGCGGUUCUUUAAUUUUUAUUUUUCCUUUCGGAUUUUUCUGACCUUAUAACAGUUUGGUUAAGGCGCCUAAAUUAUUAAGAUACACGAGCUCAGGUGUAGCUUAUUGGAAGUGAAAUGAGGGUUUAGAGUUGGAGUAUUAAUUGAUAAAAACUGAUGUGUUGUGUCAGAGCACACAGCUUUGUCUGCUUCAUCUAGAGCGCCCGCCCAUGGGCUUUCUUUGGAGCGAUAGUGGGAGAUUGAUCCCAGUCUCCGGGAUUUACCGUGGAAAAAAACACAGCCUGUUCUGCUCUCCUUUCAGAGAAGAGGAAGCCCAUUCGCCAGGACUUAUUCCAGCUCGGCUCCGAACUCCAAAUCUCUCGGAUCUAUAAGAGCUUCACGUUUGGUCUUAAAUUUUUAUAUUUAUUUAUUUUUGGCUGAUCAGGUAUCCAAAUACGCGCAAGUCACGCUGGACUUUUCCUGAGGAGGCUGCGUGCGGGGUCGCCUCCGCAGUCUUGGAUGCUUAGUAAGCUGGUAGUGGUGGGUUGGGUCGUGGUGGUGCUUGGCACACGUCGUCAUCGAUAAAACAGAUAGGUGAAGGUGAGAGGAAGCGUCACCAGAGGCUUAGGGAAAGUCGCUCACCAGACAAUCACCGGACUCGCCGGCUCUGGAUUUGACUCUCGAGACAACCCACCGGGAGCUUUUUUUUUUCUUUUUUUUCUUUUUUUUUCUCUCUGUCUUUCCCCCCACAGGGAAUUCAUACGCCUUUCUGAUUCAGGACUAGUUGUUGACCACACUGCCAGACCCUCGCAGUCAUCCGCUCCUCAUCUACAAGGGGCGGGGGAGGGGGUAUCGGAGGUGGACACACAAUGGCAACCGGUGCGCUUCUGCUCGCCUGUGCGCUGCUUGCCGGUGUUUCUGUGGCUAAGAGAGUGGUAACGGUGCAGACUGGACCGCUGAUUCGGACCGAGGGCUCCCUUGUGACCAUCUGGUGCAACGUGACGGGCUACAAAGAAGGAGUGCAGCAGGACUUUGAGUGGUCCAUGUACCUGGCAUCAGCACCGGAGCGAGAGAUUCGUAUUGUGAGCACGGCUCAGUCAAACUAUGCCUUUGCCCUGUAUUCCCAGAGGGUGAAUAAUAAGGAGAUCUUUGUGGAGAGGCUAAGCCGUGACUCUGCUGUGCUCCACAUCACCAAAGUGCUGGCCAGUGACCAGGGUCUGUUUGAGUGUUACACACCCAACACAGAUGGACAAUACUUGGGAUCCUACAGUGCGCGCACCAACCUCACUGUCAUUGCUGAUUCGUUGACAGUAACGGCUCCAGCUCAGACUCUGUCCAAAGUGGAGGGAGAUACCUUACAGCUUACCUGUGAGGUGUCCCGAACCUCAGUCCAUCACACUCACUUGUCGGUGGGUUGGUAUUUGAGGUCUCCGGAGGAUGCAGCCGCCCAGCCUCAGGAGUUGGUCACUUUGUCAAGGGACUUCGUUCUGCGCUCUGGAGGAACUUAUCGGCAGAGGAUGGCGGCGGGGGACCUCAGGCUGGAUAAAACGAGCACUACAUCCUACAGGCUGACCAUUCACAAGCUGCAGCCAGUAGACCAGGGACUGCUCUACUGUCAGGCGGCUGAGUGGAUUCAGGAUCCAGAUGGAAACUGGUUUGCUAUGACCCGCAAACAGAGCGACAAGACCCAACUCCGUAUACAGCCAACUGACCGAGACUUCAGCAUUCAGGUGAGCACGGAGCGACGGUCCUUCACGGCCGGUGAGCCGCUGGAGCUUCGCUGCACCAUAGAGGCGCAAAAUGUCCCCGAGCGUUUCUUCUCGGUGUCGUGGGUCUUCAGCAGCUCACCGGUGGCCGUGGUGGGCCCCAGUGCCGUGCCUGUCCUGGGCACAGAAUAUAUUGCCCGUGAAGCAGCUGGUCUCAUGACCGUGCGCAAAGAGAGUCCCAGUGUGCACCUGCUCAAGCUGCAGCGCUUGCGCCAGGAGGAUUCUGGGAAGUACAUCUGUCGCGUUACGGAGCGGGAGAAGACGCCAACUGGAGAUUUUAUCGACCGCAGCAAGAGGUCCCGCAAUGUCCAGAUCCUGGUCCAGCCUCUCAAGAGCAACAUCACUGUGUCAUUGUCCAGUAAUUCAUCAGAGGUCCAAGAGGGUGAUGGGAUCCAGUUGACCUGUUUGGUCCAAUCCACGUCGGGCCCCGUGUCUGUCAUCUGGCAGUGGCUAGACAAGCAAGGAACGGGACCGAUCCAGGAGGUGGCCUCAGUGGAUCGGGAGGGCACCAUCUGGCACAGCCCCACCUACAGAGAGCGCUCCAGUUAUGGGGAGAUCCGUGUUGAGAAAGUGCGGGCUGACAUGUUUUCUCUGUCCAUUUACAACUCCUUACCUGGGGACGAGGGUCAGUACUGCUGCACAGCAAGUGAGUGGCUUCAAAUCGGCACUGAACCGGAGCUAAGCUGGGAGAAGAUGGAAAAUAAAUCAGCUACCAAGACUGUCACUGUCAAAACAGUUGAGUCCUCCUUCAUGGUGUCGGCCUCUUCACGAACCCCAUCGAUAACCUUCGGAGAGUCCUUUGACCUCCUUUGCUUGGUUAAACCCCGUCAUAACCCACGAGUCCCCACGUCCGUCACCUGGCGCUUCAUGCCGGCUAGUACUCGAGCUGAAGUCGAGGAUCAGAAUGAUUUCAAGGACCUUGUGACUUUUACCCGAGAAGGCACUUUGCAGUGGGGAGAGCAGCUGCUUGGGUUGGGUACCCGCACCACAGUGGAUCGCUCCCACUCCAACACAAACUUCAGGCUGUCAGUCACCCGCGCAGGGCGUCGCGAGGCAGGAAAGUACCAGUGCACCGCUGUCCUGUGGAGGAGGAACUACGACAACAGCUGGAGCAGAGUGGCCAACCAAACCUCCAACCUGCUCGGCAUCAGUGUCCUACAGCCAGAGAGUAAGCUAAAAGUGCAAAAGAACAAUCAGUCUCAUGUGUACUUGGAAGACAACCGUGUCAGGAUCAAUUGCUCCAUCACCUCCCAGACCAGCCUGGACUCCCAGCAUGCUGUCCUGUGGUACGUAAGACGUGCAGCAGGGUCAGAAACGGAUGAGCUCCUGCUGAGGAUCGAACGCUCGGGGGCCUUCGAGUAUGGUGCCUAUGCAGAUGAGGAGAAACUCAGACUUCGCGUGCAGGCCGAAAGGCUUUCGCCUCGUCUCUAUGUGCUGACGCUGAACAGAGCAGAGAGCAGCGAUUCUGGGACAUACUACUGCUUGGUGGAGGAGUGGCUGAGAGACCCAGAUGGAGCCUGGUAUCGUCUGUCACGGGAAUCCUCAGGGUACACGCAGGUUUUGGUCAGACAGCCAGAGGCGCGACUGCAGGUGGAAGAAACAGAGUCAAACGUGACGAUAGCGGAGUCCAGUUCAGUCCGGCUGGACUGUAGCAUUUCCUCACAGUCUUCUCCGGACUCACGCUUAUCUGUUACCUGGUAUGUGGAGCGCUCUGAGGACGAGAACACAGAGGAUCAGCCAAGCGAGGAGGAGAGUAAGCGCGAGUGUGUGUUUACCAUCGCCCAUGACUUCGUAUUCAGAAAUGAAAACUGCAGCCCGCGGGAUGAAACAGGGCCAAAUUCCCGCUUGCAGUUUGAGAGGACAAACUCUGACCUGUACAGACUGACCCUUCAUGGAGUCCGGCCGACAGACGCAGGCCGGUACUACUGCCAUGUGGAGGAGUGGCUGCUCAACCCCCGCAAAAUAUGGUAUCGCCUAGCUGCCAAUAAUUCUGGGUUUACUAUUGUCAAUGUACUGCAGCAAGUGUCUACUAUCCACUCAGUGGUGUGCUCCAUCGACUCCCUCUUUUACUUCGUCUUCUUUUACCCCUUCCCCAUCUUUGGCAUCCUCCUCAUCGCCUUGCUUUUCGUGCGUUACAAAAAUCGCAACAACAGCAAGAGCCAAGAGGGAAAGAACGGCGCUCCUCUCCUGUGGAUUAAAGAACCUCACCUCAGUUACUCUCCCACCUGUCUCGAUCCGCCUGCGCUCAGCUUGCACCCCGGCUCAGUUGACUAAACAAAAGGAAGACCGCCCCACCACCCUCUUCCUGCACAUUGCGGACUCAGCCAACACAAUUCCAGGGAGCAGAUCUAGACUCCACCUUCAGACCUAACUGUCGUUAAAUGCUAUGUUGAAUUAGUCAUUUGAUCAGUUUUAAAAAUUUCACCCUGGUGGCUGUUUUAUGUUAAGAAAUUUGUGUGUGUGUGUGUGUGUGUGUGAACAAGAAUGGAUGUACCAUUUCAGCACGAUUAACUCUACAGUUUGACUACUGGUACUCCAAAUAUUUGUUUAUUUUUCAGAAGUAGAAAAAACAAUCCUGUGCAAAUGAGAUGGUGGGCCAAUCUGGGAAAAACAUUCAAGAGAAGUAACUCUAGGAUUGACUCGGGGAAUGAAAACAAAGUCUCUGAACUGAUCCAAGAGCAGCAACAGACUUGCCCACUAAUGUGGUUGCCAUAGCAAUUCUCUGCUCCCACUGACUUUGUAGCUGCUGACUUGGUUGCCAGGCUGCAAAGAGACAAAGGCUGGGACACACAAGUCUGUGUCCUAAGGAUGUGUGUUGGCCCACCUGCCUUCACAAUGCAUUUGCCUUGGCAGACUGAAACAAGUCCUGGUGUGCCACUUAAACACUGCCAGACACUCUGGCCUGAGUGAAAGACUAUCCCACUUUUCUCCUCUCCCUCCUCCUUGCUGAAUAGAGAUGGCGAGAGAAAGAAAAGGAGGCUGGAAAUUAUGGAGAAUAAAUGAACAGCUCUCCCCUACUGCGGAUGUGUGUAUUUUAAUAUAAGUGAUUUUUUUUCUUUUUUUUUUUUUUCCAGUGCCAAGUUUUCAUUUCCAUGCUGUCCUCUGCAGCUAAUGUUUGAAGUUUGAGAGAGAGUGAGGAAGCUGAUGGGUUCAGAGGCAGAUUGUAAAUGUCUGCUUAACUCCUGCUGUGGAUUUAUGAACCAUGUUGGCAGUUAAUCCUGAAAUCAGUUCAGCUGUCUUGGUUAAAUUACAGAUUAACUGAAUAAAAUUAAUGUCUUGUAUACUUCAAUAAGUCGCCCAGUAUGACCACUCCCUCCUAUUUUUAAUAUCAGAUGGAUAUUAGUUUUGAAAAAAAAAAAAAGAAGAACAAAAGACAAAUUUUUUAAGGGCCAAAUAAAGAUUGCUUAUGUGUAGAU